GAUCCAUGAGUCCAGCCCAGGCAGACAUGUUGUUUCUGGAGAAUGCCAAGAAGCUGUCUAUGUAUGGAGUGGAUCUGCACCAAGCCAAGGAUCUUGAGGGUGUGGACAUCACUCUAGGGGUGUGUUCUGGUGGUCUCAUGGUAUAUAAGGACAAGCUGAGGAUCAAUCGUUUCCCCUGGCCCAAAGUCCUCAAGAUCUCCUACAAGCGAAGCAGCUUCUUCAUCAAGAUCCGUCCCUCUGAACAAGAACAGUAUGAGAGCACAAUCGGCUUCAAGCUGCCCAACUACAAGGCCUCCAAGAAGCUGUGGAAGGCCUCAGUGGAACACCAUACCUUCUUCAGGGUGUCGUCCGUGGAGCCCCCGUCGUCCCGCUCCCGGUUCCUGGCGCUGGGGUCAAAGUUCAGGUACAGUGGCCGUACCCAGGCCCAGACCCGCCAGGCCAGUUCCAUGAUCGCCCGGCCCGCCCCGCGCUUCACACGGUCCGCCAGCAAGAGGCUGUCCCGCACCAUCGACGAAGCUGGAGAUGAUCUCCAAGCCUCGCAGCUCUCUGCUAGUCCAAACAAGACCGAGGAUGACGAUUGGUUCUUCAUGCUGGGAUCUGACCAACCCCAGACUUUCUUUUCACCAGCCAGAGGGGGGGAGACUUUCUCUGUGGAGACUUCUACUCAGAGCUGGGAUGAUGGCAAGUCUGUCCAGACUGUCAGACAGGCAUGGCAGGAGACUGAGACAGGCCAGACGGUCAGACAGGCAUGGCAGGAGACUGAGACAGGCCAAACGGUCAGUCGGACAUGGCAGGGACGAGUGUCUGAUGAACAGCAGCAGGGGAGACUGGAGAAGGAGAAAGAGGAGGAUUGGUCUGUCCUGCUGGGCAGACGACCCUCCCUUCCCUAUGUCCCCUACCCCAUGAUGAAACCGCCAGUCAAAUACCGCUCUGCCCAGGUGGCAAAGGUGGCCACGGCCAACAUUCUGGAGAGGCUGCUACAGCCAAGGCAGGAACAAAGUGAUGACUGGGUCAUGCAGUUGGACCGCAGCUUUGAGUUUGCAGACACACCUCCAUUCUCUUCCCCAGUCUCCCUGGAGAAGGAGGAGACUAGGCAGGAGAGGAGGGAGGUGAUCAAGAGGCUCCAGGAAGGGGGUGUUCCUGGUGGAGAAGCUGAGGGAGGUAGAGGUGCUGGAUGA